UUAAAAUAAUUCCCAUUCCCACGAAAAAAAAAAGAAAAAAGAAAAAUACUGUUCGAGAGAGACCUCUCUCUCCGACUCUAGAACCUACCAGAAAUCCUUGUCCGCACUCGAAUUAGGGCUAACAGUCUCUCUCUCCGUUUCUCUGGUGAUUUUUGAUUUUCCGUUUGGAUUGGAUUCUUCUGUUUUCCCGGAAAAUCUGAGAUUUUCUUGCUCUUCAGCCGGAUCAUGGCCACUUUUUGCGGUUGCUUGAGCGAUGUUGGUUUGCACAGACUGAGCGCACAUGGAUUUAGAUUUCUCACACAGAAAACCUAAUGGAGGAGAAAACCUGUAUAGGUGGUUGAACAUAUCAGAAAGCAUAAGCGGAGAUAGACUUCCUGCCACAAACAUGACUUCAGAUCAAACGCUUGCAUGUGUUCUCGGUGGGGGUUAGAGGAUCUUGGAGGAAUGUCAGACUUGUGCUUGUAUGAGCUUGAAGAUAACGUGUGGGAUGAAUUUGGCGAUAGUGAUGAUCAUAUAGUGCCUCAUUCUGGAAAUAAGCAUGCAGAUAAAUCACUCGCAGAGGGAGAUAGUCGUAAGAAACCACAGAGUGAAGUAAUUGGUGUUGCAAGUAAUGGUGAUACUUCAACUACGCACUAUACUGGAGGAAAGGGGAAUAGAAGCAUACCAUUUGUGACCGAUAACAAUACAAUGUUGGAGAAGGGCUCGUGGUCUGACACUCUUGAUGGUGUUUUUCCUUCAUGUGAUACUGACUCAAUAAAGGAAGUGACUAGUUUAGCAUCAGAUGGUACAAGAAUUUCCAACAAUUCUUUCAAAAGUGACAAUGUAGAAUCUGGAGGCUCAGAAUUCUGCGUUGAUGAUUCUAUAAUGGGUGAUGGGUGUACUGCAGUUGAUAAUAGCUUAUAUCGUUAUCCUCUCAGUCGGAUACCCCAAACUGGCUAUGAACUUAGUUUCUUUGAUAAUGAUCGAGAAGACAGAGAAAAUGGUGAUCUAUUAUAUUAUGGUUGGCCUGAUAUAGGAAAUUUUGAAGAUGUUGACAGGAUGUUUAGAAGUUGCGACUCAACAUUUGGAAUGGAAAGUCUCAACAAUGAUGAGGAGUUGUCCUGGUUUUCAUCAUCAAAUGCUACUGAAGGAUCCGAAGACGCAUUGAAGUCUGGAUUAAAGUUUGCUGGUCCAAACGCUGGUUCAUCAAAAGGUGUCUCCGAACAUUAUGAUGCUUUUAAGCCAGGUAUUGAACAACACAAACAGAUUGCUGGACCUAACUCUAUGAGUUACAAUCAGAGACAACUUCCAUAUAUGCACGUGGAUCAUACUCGUCAAUCAGAUCAAAUUUCAGUCUGCCCAACCCCUAGUGUAAAGUCUGAAAAAGACGGCAAACCAUCUUCUCUUAAGGAGUCUUCUUAUGGAUCAAACCAAUUACAGUGUAUGGAGAAUUUCCGUGGUCCUUUAACAGAAACUCCUAUUGCAACAAUAAGUGAAAAUACAGAAAAGCCACAUAGUUGCCAGGGUUUUCAAUCCUCAUUCAUUAUGAAUUUUGAAAAUGCUGCAACAACAAAUCCAGUAGUAUUUGGCAAUAAAGUUUCAAAGCAGAAGGAAGAGCAAAAAUCUGAAAAUCAGAUCGGAGGGCAUAGUGAUAUUGAAGGAGCAAGCAAUGAGAUUCCAGCUGAAGUUGAUUCUUCAAAUUUACAAGAGAGUUCCUGCAUGAGCUCCGUGUUGGAUGACAUCUCACUGGAAGCAACUAGUUUUCUCCAGCUUCAACAAGUUAUGGAAAAGUUGGAUGUCAGGACAAAACUGUGCAUAAGAGAUAGUCUGUACCGCUUGGCUAGGAGUGCAGAACAGAGGCAUAAUUGUGCAAAUCAGAGGGGAGGUUAUAGAGAUAAUGGAGAUGCUACCGGAGCACUGAUGGUUGAAGAAACAAGCAAGUGCACUGGAUUUAUGGAUAUGGAGACUGAUACGAAUCCCAUAGAUCGUUCUAUAGCACACUUGUUGUUUCACCGACCUUCGGACCCAUCUAGAGUGCCUUCUAAUGACUCCUUAUCUCUUAGAUCUCAUGCCUUGAUUCACGAGUCUAUUUCUAGUCCACCCGUGAUGGCUGAGAAACAGGCCGGUUGUGAGGAAGAAACUAUAGCUGAUGGCAGAAAAGAGACGCUGAUGACUGAUGAUGGAUAAACGGGUAGCAUCAGUUCAAACAUUGUGAAACUUUUAUAUUGUGCUGAAUGUUAAUUUUGUUGCCAUUUAGUCGUAGAUACCACUUUCUGAGCUCAAUAUCACUGAAAGGUGUUGCCCCAUGUAUUUUAUCUCACCUAUUUAAUUUGUCUUUUGUCAAUUUUGUCAUGUAUCAGGGGUGUUUAUCAUCUAACCUCUCCCUGCAAAGUCCAUAGUACAUUUGCUCUUACUGAUAUUAAAAUGAUCAUCAUUAACGCUUCCUUUC